UGCCUCAACGCGAUGCUCGAUGGCUUGGAUGCCAGUGACAGGAUCAUCUGCCCAGUGUGUAGAAAGAAUAACCUGACCGUGAGGAAUCACGUGGUUUUUUGCCAGUGUGGGUUAUGCAUCAGCACACAGGAUAUGACAGAAGGGAAGCUUCGGUCCCUCCUAGAAAACACUGUAACAGAGCACAGCCACAGGUGCUUCCACAACCCGGAGUUCACAGUCACCAGUGGAAUGGAGGAAGAAGCCAGUCUCCUCAUGAGCUGUGCGGUCUGUGACUCCUGGAUGAUUCUCCUGUAA